AUGAGGAAGGAAAUGGACGAACUGAAGAGUGCCAUUAAGGAGAAGACGAACCGAAGCGUAGACAAAAUGGUAAGGGCUACAGAUUCACUCUUCACCGCCGCGGUACUCGAAUGCCCUGUGCCGUCAAAGUUUCGCUUACCUCAACUUGAGCCAUUCGACGAACUAAAAGACCCACAGGAUCACCUUAAUACCUUCAAGACGACUCUAGGGCUUCAACAACCACCUGACGAGAUACUGUGUCGUUCCUUCCCAACAACUCUCAAAGGAGCUGCAAGAGAAUGGUUUACUAAGUUGCCAAACUCGUCCAUAGACAACUUCGAUCAGUUAAGUAGUGCCUUCUUGCACCAUUUCAUAUGGGGGCAACGCCCAACAAGGCCAGUAGACUACUUACUCACCAUAAGACAGGGAGAGAAGGAAACUCUGAGGUCGUAUGUCAAACGAUUCACCCGGGGGACUUUGGAGGUGGACGAAGCUGAUGACAAUGUGCAGUUGACGACCUUCAAAGCAGGGUUGAGGUCCAGAGACCUCGUGGCCUCCCUCGCAAAGAACCCCCCAAAGACGAUGGUGGAGAUGCUCUCGAAGGCACAGAAGUACAUGAAUGUUAAAGAUGCUUUAGCUGCCAUAAAAGAUACCGAGAAGCCAGGAGACAAGGCCAAGAGGGAAGACGACCGUAAGGGGCAAAAGAGAGAUUGA